CCUUCUGAUGCGACAUGGCGACAGGGGGACUCGGCUGCUAGCUCGUUUGAGGAACUACAAUAAAAGAAGCCGACGUGCCACUUGCCAGUCAGGUAUUCAAGAAUCAAGAUGGAGAGCAGCUUUUUCAUUACGAGAUAUAUCGGGGACAUAUUUCCAGCUGCCCAGAAGUGCUAAAGAAACGGACGCAUGGAGAAUAGGGCUUAAACUGCGCCUCAACCGGACGCCUUUCCACCUGGAAGGGAGACACCAGAGGAGACACUGUACAGGAUACAAGUAGCACCCAACUCAGUGCAGAUCUCACAUUUUGAAGUUGUACAACAGAGAGACGGGGAAGAAAAAAAAAAGGACCUGACCUGAAAGCGGCAGGCAACUGGAAGGCAAGGUCACCGCGAUAACCACCCUUAUCGGCUGCAAGCAACUGGACUGGUCUGGGUGGGUUGCCAGGCAAGGCAUCCCUGCAAAGCUACGCUAAACGGCAAGCGCAGCGAAACGCGCGCCUGGUCAAAGGACUCUUCUCAAAAAGAUGCUGGCCGUGUGCCCCUCACUCUGUCUGCUGACAUUGGGCGCUCUCUCGCCCACACCACCACCAAUUUGCAACAUCGAUCCCGCACCCCCAGCGACCGCGCAAACGAGCGCACCCGUCUCCAGAAUGGCCAGAGUCUAUGCCGAUGUCAAUCAGAACAUGCCCAGGAGCUACUGGGACUAUGAUUCUGUCAAUAUCAGCUGGGGCGCUCUCGAAAACUACGAAGUUGUUCGCAAGAUCGGCCGCGGCAAGUACUCGGAGGUCUUCGAGGGAAUAAACGUCGUCAACUAUCAAAAAUGCGUCAUCAAGGUGCUCAAGCCCGUAAAAAAGAAGAAGAUCAAGCGCGAGAUCAAGAUCCUGCAGAACCUGGCAGGCGGCCCCAACAUCGUCGCCCUGCUCGACGUGGUUAGGGACUCGCAGAGCAAAACCCCAUCGCUCAUCUUCGAGUUUGUCAACAAUACCGACUUCCGAACCCUCUACCCCAAGUUUGUCGACAUCGACGUCCGCUACUACAUCUACGAGCUCCUCAAGGCCCUCGACUACUGCCACAGCAAGGGCAUCAUGCACCGCGACGUGAAGCCUCAUAACGUUAUGAUCGAUCAUGAGAACAGAAAGUUGCGCCUCAUCGAUUGGGGUCUCGCCGAAUUCUACCACCCCGGCACCGAGUACAACGUGCGCGUCGCCUCGCGCUACUUCAAGGGUCCCGAGCUUCUCGUCGACUACCAGGAAUACGAUUACAGCCUGGACAUGUGGAGCCUGGGCGCCAUGUUCGCCUCCAUGAUCUUCCGCAAGGAGCCGUUUUUCCACGGCCAGAGCAACGCCGAUCAGCUCGUCAAGAUCGCCAAGGUGCUCGGCACCGACGACCUGUUUGACUACCUAGACAAGUACGAGAUCGAGCUGGACACACAGUACGAUGACAUUCUGGGCCGUUUCCAAAAGAAGCCCUGGCACAGCUUUGUUAAUGCAGACAAUCAACGAUUCGUCUCGAACGAGGCGAUUGAUUUCCUCGACAAGCUGCUUCGAUACGACCAUGCGGAACGUCUCACCGCCAAGGAAGCCAUGGCCCACCCCUACUUUGCGCCAAUUCGCGAUGAGGGCAUCCUCCAGCGCUAUCUCGCCGGCGAAGCAAUCUAGUUGAUACGUAAGGACGAUCCGGUCAGAAAAUUCUGGUCACCUGCCAUCCCGGACGCGAAUGACUCGUGGGCUUGCUGAGGAGUGGAAAGCGGCUGGAAGGAAGGCAGGACAUCCUCCCCAAGUAGCAGCCAAGCGCAGAGAGGAA